AUGGACGAAGAGGCAGUGCAAAAGCCUGCUGGCCCACCCAUAAGGAAGAAAUUCCUCAUUCCUACGGAUGAGGAUGUGGUCCCUCCUCCUGGGGCCAAGCCUUUAUUCAGAUCCACACGGAGCCUGCCCACCAUGGAGACCUCACCCCCGCCAGGCCCUCAGACCUACGCUGAGUACGCCCUCUCUGGACCUCCAGGCAGGGCUGAAGCCACACACCCUGUGGGGCCAGAACCCCUGGCAGGAGAGGCCACCAAACCAGGAGCAAAAUCCAACAGCAUCAUUGUGAGCCCCCGGCAGAGGGGCAACCCAGUGCUGAGGUUCGUGCGCAAUGUGCCCUGGGAGUUCGGGGACGUGCUCCCCGACUAG